UCCUAUCAGAUCGGUAAACACUGUAACAUAUUUAUUGUAUAAUUUGUAUGAAAAUGUAUGGACGUUUAAAAGAUUCCAUAUUAAAUAUAACGUGAGCGACAACGAAUGGAUCUGAUAAUGAAUGUACCUUGCUAUUUGUGGAAGUAUUUGGACAUGCCGUUUAUCGAUUCUAAAUGAAAAUCUGGCUUCCUUAGUAACGGCGCGCGUCAACCAGUAAUAUCUUGUUGUCUUGUUUACAGAAAACACAGUAUCAUACAAUUAAGUGGUUAUAAAGAUCCUUGUGGAAAUAAUUAAGCAUGGCAUCCACUUACAAGAAGCAGAUUGGUUCUGGCACUCGUAAGAAGAGUACUCCAAAAUUUGAGCUUACUGAAGAGCAAAAGGCUGACAUAAAGGAAGCUUUCGAUCUAUUCGAUCCAGAUGGGACAGGCAAAAUUGCAACCAAGGAAUUGAAGGUUGCCAUUCGUGCUUUAGGAUUUGAGCCAAAGAAAGAAGAGAUUAAGAAAUUGAUUGCUGAUGUAGAUCCCGAUGGAUUGGGCAAGCUCUCGUUUGAAGAAUUUACAAAUCUAAUGUCUGUAAAGAUGGCUGAGAAAGAUUCAAAGGAAGAGAUCCUAAAGGCAUUUCGUCUUUUUGAUGAUGAUGAUACUGGAAAAAUCUCCUUUAGGAAUUUGAAAAGAGUCGCUCGAGAGCUUGGAGAAAAUCUCACUGAUGAGGAACUCCAGGAGAUGAUUGACGAGGCGGAUCGUGAUGGUGACGGUGAAAUUUCUCAAGAGGAAUUCUUACGCAUUAUGAAGAAAACAUGUCUCUAUUAGUGUGAAUUAUUUUUCCUGCCAGAUAAUCAUUUUCAAGUCUUUAUCUAUUCCAUGGAUCUCAAUGAGGAUAAAGAGAAAGGAAUUCUUUUGUCCACAAGGU